AUGGCAUCCUCUGGUCCAGCCAGCAUUAUCAGGGAUGAGAAAAACCCACGGGGUAUACCCAAGGCUCUCUUCAUCAGCGAUGUGGAGCAGUAUCUCGGUGGUCCAGAUGCCGAAGUUGAAAAGGUCUUGAACGCAUUUCAGGAUGCGCUUGCGAAGUAUCGAUACAUGGACAGUAAUUUGAAUCAGCGACGACGGAGUCUCGAGGACAAGAUCCCUGACAUCAAGAAAACGUUGACUAUGGUCGAGUACCUCCGGGACAGACGGGAUGAAGAGGAGACCAAAAAGCCGCUGCGGACAACCUUCGAGCUGGCUGAUACGCUAUACGCAGAAGCAGAGCUAGAAGAGACGGAUACUGUCUACCUAUGGCUCGGGGCAAAUGUGAUGCUAUCGUACAAAAUCCCCACAGCUAUUGAGCUGCUCAAAUCAAAACUGGAAGCGGCACAGACGAGCUUAACGAACACAGUCGAAGAUCUGGAGUUCCUCAGAGAGCAGCUAACGAUUAUGGAGGUUAACACGGCAAGAGUAUACAAUUGGGAUGUCAAACGGAGGCGGGAUCGGAGAGAGAAGGAGCAAGCAGAGAGUUGA